AUGGGCUCCAAUCCAGCAAUGACACCAGACCAGAUCGCCGUCAUCAAGGCGACGGUGCCUGUUCUGGCGCAACACGGCAACACUAUCACUACGGUCUUCUACCGCAACAUGCUCGAAGCCCACCCCGAGCUAAAUACUAUUUUCAACACACCCAACCAGGUGAACGGCCACCAGCCCCGCGCUCUCGCAGGUGCCUUGUACGCCUAUGCCUCGCACAUCGAUGAUCUCGGUGCGUUGAGCUCGGCCGUGGAGUUGAUCUGCAACAAACACGCCUCUCUAUACAUCCAGCCCGACCACUACAAGAUUGUUGGAAAGUACCUCCUCGAAGCGAUGGGUGAGGUCCUCGGCGCUGCAUUGACCCCAGAAAUCCUCGAUGCGUGGGCCACGGCCUAUUGGCAACUCGCAGACCUUAUGAUCGGUCGCGAAAAGCAGCUUUAUGAACAGAGCGAGGGCUGGACCGACUGGCGCGAGUUCAAGAUUGCGAACAAAGUCAAGGAGUCUGAAGAAAUCACUUCCUUCUACCUCGCUCCCGUCGACGGCAAACCUCUUCCCACUUUCCAGCCUGGCCAGUACAUCUCUGUCCAGGCCAACGUCCCCGCCCUCGGGUACCCACAAGCCCGCCAAUACUCUCUCAGCGACCAACCCAAGCCAGAUUAUUACCGCAUCAGUGUGAAGAAGGAAACCGGCAUCAACUCAACGGACCCGGCCCCCGCUGUCACGAACCCCGGGUACAUCUCGAAUCUGUUGCACGACACAUUCAACAUCGGAGACACCCUCCAAGUCUCUCACCCAUAUGGCGACUUCUUCCUCUCGCCAAGCAAGUCUGACAGCACCACCCCGAUCGUCUUAAUCUCCGCCGCGCCUCAAGCCCGCAAGCUUCACUUCAUUCACGGUGCGCGUACUUCAGCCGGUCGCGCUUUCAAAGACCACAUCUCACGACUUUCCGAGCUUUCACCUCCUAUUCAAGCGACUUUCUUCACCAGCCACCCUGUCGAGGGCGAUAAAGAGGGUGUUGACUACCACCACGUCGGACGUGUCGACCUCACCAAGCUUGAUGACAAGGACUUGUAUCUCGAAAAUGCUGAAACCGAGUACUAUAUCUGCGGACCAGAGAAGUUCAUGACGGAUGUGGAAUCGAGUCUCAAGGCCAGGGGUGUGGCUGCCGACCGUAUCAAGAUGGAAUUGUUCGGCACUGGAGGUGCCCCCCACUGA